UCAAGUAUCAUCUCCCCUCGUUCAUUUGCAAAUCUAUAUUAUAAGCAAAUCAUCAAUUAUUAUAUGGAAGAGGAAUUGAUUGUGUGCUGCAGUGGUUAGACAUGAAUACUACAAAAGAUCUGAUGUUCAAUUCAGAAAUUUGUCUCCAUUUGAUAAUUGCUUCUCAACGGGAUGCUGUGACAUCUGUUUGAAGCUAGCAGAGCAUCUGUUUAGGAAUGUAUGGAUCUUGCAUUAAUACAGCGAGUACUGGAUGUGAUUUUGAGGAAUUCGGAUAUUGCAUUAUAAUCCAGAGUUUCUGAUUCAAGGAUAAGAAUUUGUAUUUUGGGUCAUCAUUGAUCAUCCUUCAGUUGCAGUUCUCAUUGCAUCAAUUUUUUUAAACAGUAAAUAGUUCAUUUUCACAAUAUUUGGAUUGAUUUCUUUUACUUCUGUUUCUUGGUGUGUAUCAUAAAUAUUAGAGUCCGAGGCAUAAAAACAACAUUCCUGAAGUUGGGAGUAUUCCAUGUAGUACAACUUGAUGAAGUCUUGAGUUUGAAAGACUGUCUGCCGUCAUGGCCUACCUCCUGAAGAGGUUCAGUGACUUUCUAGGAAUAUCCGACCCUGAGUAUGUGAGAGCGCCCCCACUGGAUGGAGAAAUCAUCUUCUGCAAGAACAAUGUGUGCGUGCAUCCGCCAUCCGUGCUGUCAACCACUGUGGAGCACCAUCCAGGAUACCUUACAAUCCGUGCCCAGAGGGUCUCUGAAAGACAGACAUCCCUUGUGCUCACGUGGAUCCCAAACACAUCCUUGAACCAGAGGAAACGGUCCAGCUGCAGCACCAGCAGUCCCGCCAGAGUGACCUAUGUGGAUAUCCGCAAGCAAAUUGCUCUACGGAAUGAAGCCCAGUUGGACAAUGUCAGUGGUGAUAGCCUGAGUAUAUUGUCAAAAGAGGAGGAGGCUGUGAGAGAGAAUGCCUGUAAAGAGAAGACUAAGGAGUCUUGCCGGAAUGAGAGCCCUCAAGGAUCGAUUCAAAGCUUCCAGGACUCUGGGAUUGGAGAGGGAGAACGUCAAAAAAUGGGUAAAGACUGUGGUGUUGAUGGUACACCAGGGAAUGAAGCUUGUAAUAAAAAUGAUCCGGAUAACAAGACAGUUGAAGGCCACAAAGAUGAGGCUUCAUCUGAAAGUGAUGAGAUGUCAACAGAACAGAGACUUGCAGCUCUGCUGAACAGUCCAGGGGAUAACCAUAGCCCAGUGGGUCGGCCAAUUAACUUGGAGCUCCAGACCAAGAUGAAGGUUCACCCACCUAAAGAUGACGAAGACAAGGACAGUGUCAGUAGUUCCGAUUCGGAUGACUCUGAGACCUUCAACAACAUUCUGGAACGCCUCUCCAACGACGUCCUUCCAAGGCAGAUGUCCCGUCGCUCCAGUUCUACAACUCCAACCACCUCCAACCAGGACCCAUCCUCCUUGCCUUCCACCCCUAGCCCUGAUGAGAGCUUUGAUCCCUUUGUCCCGCUCUACAGCCUCCAUAGCAGUUCAACCUGCAGCCCCGAGAUCCACCCAUCUCCAAUUGCCACCCACAACCUGACCUUCCCUGAGAACUCUGUGUGCUACCGUGGCAAGGUCAUCUGUCCUGGUUCCCCUGCCAGUGCUCCAGCCAGGGACCAAGUCUGUGGAGUGUUUUCAGUUGACCUGUGCCAGAUGAGGUCCUUGAGAAUCUUCUUUGCGGAUGAGGAGUGUACCAACGGACAGAUGGUCAUCGCGAGUCGAGAGAGUCAGUACAAGAUACUGCACUUCCAUCAUGGUGGUCUGGAUAAGAUGACUGAAGUCUUUGAUCAUUGGAAGAACUGCAUCAAACUGCACAAUCAGUCCCUAGACAACGAUGAUGGAACAAGUCAUUACCUGCGUAAGUUCAACAUCAUUCAAUCCAGUAUGAAACCAGAGGAUUGCCACCCAGAGGAAGGUCUCUUCAGUGAGCUCAAUGAUGAACUCUGGUUUAACUACAUCAAUGAUAGAGGCCAGAUCGAGGACAUCUUCAGAUUACGAAAGGUUGUGUUCUUUGGGGGAGUUGAUGAAUACCUACGAAGAGAUGUCUGGCCAUUUCUCCUGGGAUUCUUUGCGUUUGAUUCGACGACUGAGGAGAGAAACGCCCUCAGGGGGCAGAAGAGACUCGAAUACGAGGAGAUUCAAAAGGAGAGGCUUGAGAUGACCGAAGAUCAGAUGAAGAUGUUUUAUCGUAAUGUCCAGAGCACAGUGGACAAGGACGUAGUGAGAACUGACCGUACUCACCCGUACUUCAAAGGAGAGAAAAACCCUAAUGUAGACAUUAUGAGAAACAUCUUGCUAAACUUUGCUACCUACCAGCCGUCGAUGGGAUACAGCCAGGGUAUGUCUGAUCUCCUAGCCCCAAUCCUGGCUGAGCUGCAGGAUGAAUCGGAUGCCUUCUGGUGCUUCGUGAGCCUCAUGAAGAAUGUUAUCUUUGUUAGCUCACCCAAGGAUGAAGACAUGGAAAUGCAACUGACCUAUCUCUUGGAGCUGAUCAAGUUAAUGCUUCCUGAGUUCUGGGAUCAUCUUAUUCAGAUUGAUGAUGCAAUGGAGCUUCUGUUCUGUCACAGGUGGAUUCUCCUCUGUUUCAAGCGUGAGUUCUCUGAGCCUGAAGCACUGAGGAUGUGGGAGUCUUGUUGGGCACACUACCAGACUGAUUACUUCCAUCUCUUCAUCUGUCUGGCUAUCAUUGCUAUCUAUGGGGAUGAUGUCGUCCAGCAGUCCCUUCCUGCUGAUGACAUGCUCCUUCAUUUCAGCAACCUUGCCAUGCAGAUGAAUGGGGAUAUUGUGUUAAAGAAGGCGAGGAGUCUCCUUCACCAGUUCCGGACCCUGGUGCGGAUCCCCUGCACCCUUGACAAGCUCUGUAGGACCUGUGAACCAGGCAUGUGGGACAGCGGGCAUUCCCCGGUGGUAGAGUGCGUCGGCAUUCACGAGGCAGGGUACAACUGCCCGCACAUCAGCUCACACAGGAAGAAAAGGUUUCAAAUGUUUAAGAGGUAAAAGUUGAUUUAUAAUUUUGAUUGUUGCACGAGUUGCUGCACGAGUUACCCCGCAAAAGAAAUGUAGGGAAAGUUUUCAAAAAGAUCAAGAUUGACCAAAGUACUCAUUCAUAUAACUAUAGGAGACUAUUAUAGGCCUUGCUCAGACAACCAAACUCAGCAAAGAGA